GGUCUCACUGACAUUUGCUGAAGUUUUUUCUGUCUGCUGCAUCGAGAGUGAAUUGGAGAGGGGCGGCCCAGCCUGGCAGUAGCUGGUGCAGCCCUCCAGGGCUAGGCGGAGGGCGGCAGCGAGGCGGGAGGAAGCGCACGCAGUCAAGCCAGAUCACACACAUUUAUUUUGGCGGUAGACUUGACAGGUGGUGUUGAUGGCUUGGAUGAGGAAGACAAUGAGGAGGCACGGACGUUACCUAGAUUUUUGGCUAAGUACCAUUUUGACAAUAUGCAUGUAUUCGCUCUAUUAUUAAACUUCCUUUUCAUUUUGACAUGAUCCUUCUCAAAACUGUAAACGUUCUAGUAUGUGUGCUGCCCAAGUGAACAUGAAAACCGCACAUUUUUUAGGUAUUUUUAAACUUUCCCAAUCUAGAUUUUUUUGCACUGCAGCCAAAUUGUACAGUCGUUUCAGAUUUCUUCUUGUUUUCUUGUUUAGUAAUGGAACCGCCUUUGUUGAUAUUUUGGGUAUUUAAUUGGGAGCAUUUUACCUGUUAAUUAUGGCUGUUGAGGAUUUAAACUCACUUUAUUUACCAUCAGUCUUUUGAAGUUAGAUUGCCGAGUAUCCUGCCUGCCCCGGGGAGUGUCAGAGCCUGUGAAGGCCUGCAGCUUUGAGAGGCAGCCUUCCCUCCUCUGCGAUUCCUGCUUCCGGCUUCUGUGGGCGAUGAAGGGGUGUGGGAUGGGAGGGGCACCUGGAGCUGCUGAGCCAGCUCCGCCUGAGGCUCACUGUGCAACUUCAUUGUUCUUUUCAGCAUGGCCUUCAGGGGUAGGAAGUCAGGCUUAUGAGAUGUUAUCUGCUGUGGCUUAGGACUGGUAUACCUCCUCAAUUUAAUGUGUGCCCAGCAUUCCCUUCAGUGCUGGACAGGCUGCUGCGAAGGGACAUCACCUUUUCCCUUUUUCCAAGAUGGCUCAAGAUUCAGUAGAUCUUUCUUGUGAUUAUCAGUUUUGGAUGCAGAAGCUUUCUGUGUGGGAUCAGGCUUCCACUUUGGAAACCCAGCAAGACACCUGUGUUCACCUGGCUCGGUUCCAGGAGUUCCUGAGGAAGAUGUAUGAAGCCUUAAAAGAGAUGGAUUCUAAUACAAUCUUUGAAAGAUUCCCCACAAUUGAUCAACUGUUGGCAAAAGCUUGUUGGAAUCCUUUUAUUUUAGCAUACGAUGGCUUCCUACACUGUUGUCCAGAUGAAAGCCAAAAAAUUCUAAUAUGGUGCUUAUGUUGUCUAAUUAACAAAGAACCACAGAAUUCUAGACAAUCAAAACUUAACUCCUGGGUACAGGUGCAAAGUGGUUUACCCAUUUUGUUUAGUUAUUAUGCAGAAGCAGUGAUCUGUGUCCGACCUGUAAGAGAGAGCUUUGUCUUUGAACUGGGUGUAUUAUCUCAUAUACUUUCAGCACUCAGAUUUGAUAAAGAAGUUGCUCUUUUCACUCAGGGUCUUGGAUAUGCCCCUAUAGAUUACUAUCCCAGUCUGCUUAAAAAUAUGGUUUUAUCAUUAGCGUCUGAACUCAGAGAGAAUCAUCUUAAUGGAUUUAACACUCAAAGGCGAAUGACUCCCGAGCGAUUGGCGUCCCUGUCACGAGUCUGUGUCCCACUUAUUACCCUGCCAGAUGUUGACCCCCUGGUGGAGGCUUUGCUCAUCUGUCACGGACACGAACCUCAGGAAAUCCUCCAGCCAGAGUUCUUUGAGGCUGUAAACGAGGCCGUUUUGCUGAAGAAGAUUUCUCUCCCCAUGUCGGCUGUAGUCUGCCUCUGGCUUCGGCACCUUCCCAGCCUUGAAAAAGCAAUGCUGCAUCUUUUUGAAAAGCUAAUCUCCAGUGAGAGAAAUUGUCUGAGAAGGAUCGAAUGCUUUAUAAAAGAUUCAUCGCUGCCUCAAGCAGCCUGCCACCCUGCCAUAUUCCGGGUUGUUGAUGAGAUGUUCAGGUGUGCACUCCUGGAAACCGAUGGGGCCCCGGAAAUCAUAGCCACUAUUCAAGUGUUUACGCAGUGCUUCGUAGAAGCUCUGGAGAAAGAAAACAAGCAGCUGCGGUUUGCACUCAAGACCUACUUUCCUUACACUUCUCCAUCUCUUGCCAUGGUGCUGCUGCAAGACCCUCAAGAUGUCCCUCGGGGACGCUGGCUGCAGACACUGAAACACAUUUCCGAACUGCUCCGAGAAGCAGUUGAAGACCAGACUCAUGGGUCCCGCGGAGGUCCCUUGGAGAGCUGGUUCCUGUUCAUUCACUUCGGAGGAUGGGCUGAGAUGGUGGCCGAGCAGCUCCUGAGGUCGGCAGCCGAACCCCCCGCGGCCUUGCUGUGGCUCUUGGCCUUUUACUACAGCCCCCGUGAUGGGAGGCAGCAGAGAGCACAGACCAUGGUCCAGGUGAAGGCCGUGCUAGGCCACCUCCUGGCGAUGUCCAGAAGCAGCAGCCUCUCAGCCCGGGACCUGCAGACAGCAGCAGGACAGGGCACAGAAACAGACCCCAGAGCUCCUGCACAACAGCUGAUCAGGCACCUUCUCCUCAACUUCAUGCUCUGGGCUCCUGGAUGCCACACGAUCGCCCGGGAUGUCAUCACCCUGAUGGCGCACACUGCUGAGAUAACUCACGAGAUCAUUGGCUUUCUUGACCAGACCUUGUACAGAUGGGAUCGUCUUGGCAUUGAAAGCCCUAGAUCAGGAAAACUGGCCCGAGAGCUCCUUAAAGAGCUGCGAACUCAAGUCUAGAAGGCACGCAGGCCGUGUGGGCGCCCGGCGUGAGGGAUCAGGCUCGCCAGGGUCACAGGACAGAUGAUGACCUGUGGCCGCGCAUUUGUGGAGUAAGUGCCCUCUUUGGGCCGUGAGAAUGAGCCACACACGUCUUGGGAAGAUCUGCUAGUAUCUAUUUUACAAAACGUAGAGCCAGGUCCCUCAGCCCAGACUCAGUCGGACAUGUUCACCAAUGACCUGAGUGAGCUUUCAGCCCUCCUGAUGCCCGCCCGGCCAGACCAUCAGCUGGAGAAUUACUAAAGCAAAGGCUUGGGUGGGAGAACAGGUUUCUAGUUUUUACCCAAGUCUAGAUGCACAUCUAUUAUUUAAAGAUUCAAAGCCUUAGAACCAAGAAUUUGGUGAUGAACCACUGAAGAAUUGAGAGAGAACUCAGCUCUUUUUAGACUCUCUUCAGGAGUCAGGGAUCUGGGAUACAGCCACGCUGUCGUGCUGUACAGAGAAAUCUCCACGGGGAGUCAGAGUCCCUCAGGCUUCCCUUGUGUCUCCCUGGACCUGCCCGAUAGACCACAGGAGCAGACAGAGCACACCCAAGCCUGCGUCUCCUGCACGCGCUUUCCACUCUAUUUGCUAAGCGCCGACUCUGCCACCAAAGAGCUCCUGGGACAUGAGGGGCCGGCAGGUGAAGGUGGAGGACGUGUUCCAGAAACAUUCAAAGGCAGGAUUCAUAUCAGUUAGUUCUCUUGUUAAACAGAGAUGGGAAUUGGAAAUUCCUGAUAAAGAAUUGACCUGGCUGGGCGCAGUGGCUCACACCUGUGAUCCUAGCACUUUGGGAGGCUGAGGCAGGGGGAUUACUUCAGCCCAGGCACUCCAGACUGGCCUGGCCAACAUGGUGAAACUCCAUCUCUACUAAAAAUACAAAAAUUAUUGGGGUGCAGUGGUGGGCGCCUAUAAUCCCAGCUAUUCGGGAGGCUGAGGCAUGAGGAUCCCUUGAACCCGGGAGGCAGGAGUUGUAGUGAGCUGAGAUGAUGCCAUUGCACUCCAGCCUGGGCAACAGAGUGAGACCCUGUCUUAAAAAAAAAAGGCAUUGUUGGUGUAAUCUCAAGGUUAACGUUUAUUUCAUGUCAGUAGAGGAUGCUUUUUCCUUUCAGAGAUAUUUUGGAAUUGUAUUGAUUGUACAUUCUUUUGUGCCUAUUCUGUUUGUCAAGUGAGUCAAGACUUCUGUCCAUUUUGAUAUACGUGUGUUAGUCUGAGUCUUGGCUCCGUUUUGAGGCAUGAGCAAAGUUUCGCUGGAUUAGAGGUUAACCUUUAGGGAAAUUCCUUUUCUCGGUAUGUGGCAAUGCUAAUAGAGCCACCUGAAGAUCUGGAAAAUUCCAAGAACUUUUCACCUGAGCUUUUCUUCUGAGAAAUGCUGCAGUCAGAAGGGUGUGCUGGUAAAAUAUUUUGGUGGCAGCUGCCAUCGUGAUCAUUGCUUUCAUGGAACACGCUCUGUGCCAUCAUGAUCCUCACCCUCAUACAAAACAGACUUCGUCAGAGGUGUCGGGGUUGAAAAAGGAGCUGCCGUGCUUCACUGGAGUUGAGGGCCUCUCUCCUGUUCUGACUUUGAGCCAGAACUUGUGGCUGGCCGUGGAAGCUCUGACUCCACUGUGGACACGGUGGCAGCAGGGAGCCCCUAGAGGGAGGGUCACUGGGACCAGGCCUUCUGUCGUCGAGGGGAUUCUGGGACAGUCCUCACCCUGUCCUGUGGUCCUGUUCACGGGGCUGGCUCUUCCCUCCUCCCCGGCCAGGCCUCUGACCAUGCCCCUUCCGUCUUCUCCACCGGGGACUGGUGAAGCUAGGCGUCUGGAAGGCUUCCUGGCCUGGAGGCCCUAACCUCGGCCUGUCUGUAGAAUCUCCCAGUUCCUUCACAGCUGCCGAGUCCUCUCGUGGUGAGUCCGCGGUGGAAGCGGCUUUCCGGGCAGCCAGGGGUUCCCGGAUAGGACCGUCCCUCUGGGGAUGUGGCACCGAAGUGCCUGCUGGCUUCAUGUGGCCCUUUGCCCUUUCCCGGCCUGAGACACGCUCAAAGGUGGGGAGCCAGGGGAGCCACCCCUCGGCUGGUCCCUCCACCUCUGGGGCAGGUGGCAGCUGGGCAGGUGUGGGCAGGUGAGGGCCGCGGCUUCGCUCCUAAGCCCACCUCCUCCUCCUGUUGCCUUCGAUUUUCGGCAAAGUCUGGGCAGGUGCCACCGGGAAGGAACGGCGUCCGAGAUGCUGGGCAGGGGUGUGGUGCGGCCGAGGGGGCCUUGACAUCGCUGGCGGGGCCUGGGCACAGGGGCAGCCGUGGGGAGGCAGGGAUGCCAAGGCCUGGAGCCACCGUGGAAGGAACUGAUCGAGGUCUGCAGAGGUGCCACAGGGCCCAGAAUCUGAUCUUACCCUGACCUUUUCUAGACUCUCCCUGAUAGUUUUUGAUGAAGCAUGUUGGUAAAACCACUACCCUCAGAGAGAGCCAAAAAUACAGAUGAGGCGGAGCGCACCCCUCCAACCCGGCUGUUACUCACCUGGACUCCACGACAUCUGUGGAAUUCGUAAGCUCUUUAAAAUCUGUAACUUGUCGUCUAUUUUUUCAUUCUAAAUAAAACUUCAAUUUGCACCUAA